GCGGGGUCAUCGAGCAUCCACGACGCCUAUGGAAUUCGAGUGGUCGAAUCAGACGGGUCCGGUAGAUUCGCAGUCGCCCUUCUUCACUGCGGGCCAGGCAUCUGCAAAGAAGCGACCCCAUUCUGUCCUCGAUUCGCCCUCCAAGAAUGGAUUUGCGACGCCGAACCGCCUGCGUGAUCCAGACAACCGCCCAUUCUUCUUCUCACAGUCCAGCAGCAAGCCGCUCCCCUCGAUACCAGCACACGUGCAGAGCGCGUGGGAACCACGCACACCGGCAAGCAACUACGAGAGCUCAGGCGGGGAGACGCCGAACACACCGCAGGUGGAUAGCGAUGCGGGGACACCGGACACACAGACAGCGAGUGGCAUGGGCCGUUUGGGGCUUGGGAACGGCGAUGCAUAUAGCCCCAAGAAGGCGGGGCGGAGGGAGAGCUGGUUCAAGCGAUUGACUGGCAUGGCAAGCCCUAGUCCUACCAAAGAACGGGACAAGGACGCCGCCGCGCAGAAGUACUACUCCAAGAAGGCUGAGAACCGCAUAGUGAAGCGCCGCUCAGAGCGAACCGAGCGGUCACGAUCGAAGAAGCGCCCCGCGAUGCGCGACAACAGCGACGAUUCAGACGACGCACGACCCGGCGCGCAAGAUGUAUCCAAAAAGGAGCAGGUCAAGCAGACAUUCGCAAUGAGCAUAGCAGGCUUCUUGUCGUGGCUAGAGGCACACCCUCUCCUCCCCUCGGUCCUCUCCUACUACCUGCAGCUCACCGUCAAUGCUUGCCUAGGCUUCCUAUUUUUAUACAUUGUCUACUCUGCCUGGUGCGGCGUCAUGACUGAUGUUGACAUUGAAUCGUCAAAGCACGCCUCGGAAGUCAUGGUCGAGAUCGCUGCCUGCGCAAUGGAAUACAACCGCAACCGCUGUCGCCCGGACGAUGUCGUACCCGCCAUGGAGAAGGCAUGCGGUGUCUGGGAGACGUGCAUGAACCGCGACCCGAAGAAGGUUGCGCGUGCGAGCGUCACGGCAAAGACGUUUGCUAUGAUCUUCAAUAGCUUUGUGGAGGAGUUUAGCUACAAGUCUAUGGUCUUCACCGGAAUCAUCAUCUUCGGCGGCUUCAAUCUUUCCAACUGGGCAUUCGGCCUCCUACGCUCACAGCAACAGCACCAACCCCAACACCAGACGCCUAACCCGAACGAUUUCGUCCCACAAACACCGCAUAGAGUACCAAGCAACAGCUACAUUGAAUACAACCAACAAGCCUUUCAACAAAAUUGGCAGCAGCAGCAGCAAAACACUCCUUUUCAAACUCCAUACGGGGGCAUGCGGCAUAUCGAAGCGCCGCCGCUAAUACACGCACAGAGUAUGCCGGCAUUGCCAUCUGUCGCACAACAAGAAGGUGCGCCGGUGCUGGAAGAAAGGAGAAGCCCGAGGAAGAAGGGGCUUUUUCGAUGAUUAUGGAUUCUUCUUUUCUUCUACGUUGGGGCUGGUGUCUUUUACGAGCGCUUCACGCAUGGAAAUGAGCAUUGAUGUGUUGGGUAAUAAGAUUAUCAAUUUCCUUGUAAUGAUCAUGUUUGUUGAAUGGACUCACCCGCCCUCUUUUCUUCCAAUAUGGAGCGUCUCGAUGCUAUGCUGUACUACGUCCAGAGGUCGUGCUUCCCUUUUGUUGAGCAUCUUGCUUGCACUUUCCUUCGUGGCCCUAGCGGCGUCUUACACCACGCCCUUCAAGCGCACCGUAUGACACAAACGGAGUGUCUACAUUCCAACUACACUC